AUGCCGUCUGGAGGUGGGGCCCGAAUGUGGGCACGAUCAGGUGCGGGAGAAGGCGCUGGAUUUGGAGAGGGUGGACAAAAUGAGACACCUGAAGAGCCAGCGGCGGCCCCGCAUUCUCCACCGCCGUGGGUUGGUGGGCCUCCAAGGUUUAGCCUCAUGCAUUUUUACAGAAACCCCAUAACCAAAUAUCAAUUGUUUCAAGGCGCACAAUUAUUCUUUGAUCGCACCCUAUCAUUUCCUGUGGAUGGGGGUGAUUACGGCAUACCCAUGGCCAUUGCUGCUCCAAUGGGCGUUCUACAUGCAAAGCAUAUGGAAGAAUUGCUUUUGGGACGCGAAGCGAGCUUCAUUAACAAAUUGCAUCACCCAAUCGUAAAAAAUGCUUUAUCACGCGAGGAAAUGGACGAGAUGGUGCGAUUUUUGUUGAUAACUCCCACUUACGAUGAGUGCAUGGAAAAAUUGAGGCCAUUGUCAACGCGUAUGGUGUUUGAGAUUUUGGUAAGUAUAAUUCAACGCGCUCAAAAUCUACGAGUGCACGUCGGCUGUAUUCCCACCUCCUGCAUGAAGGCUGUAGACCUUCUCGAUCCCUCGCCCUUUCAGCAGCACCCACCGCCCGAGUCAUCACAGACAACGGAGCAGUACAUGAGCACAGUAGGGCAAAUUAUGCUUGAAGAAAAGGACUUGUUGCAGACAAUAGCCAAUGUUUAUAAUUACCAGCUCUACAAGGACUUAAAGCGGUCCGAGAAUCGACACGUUCACCUUGUCUUUCGAUUCAUGUUAAUUAAUCUAAUGCGACUGCUACGAGACUUCUGCUUGGCUUCGCCCUUGCCUGACGGUUUGGUGGAGGACAGAUUCCUCCUCCUCGACUACACUCGAACACGCGUGGAGUUAAUGUCCACGAUUGUACGUCAACUGAAAAUCAAAUUUGGACGAUAUUUACUUCUACCAGCCGACUUCUCCAAAGAAACACAGAGAGAGGAGGGCGACCCUAACCUUAUGGCUUUGGCUGAACGCAUUCUCUCCAAUUUAAUUCUACUGAACACUCCUGAGGCAUGGUAUAUUGGCGCCGUGGUGUCCGACUUCAUCCUUCACAGCAUCCCGAAUUGCAAUUUUCAAGAUUCUGAUUGCUCCUGUCAGCGUCUUGAACAAUUCUAUCCUGGGGCUCUUUCCAGGAUGUGUGGGCCGAUCAUGGAGGUGCCGUCGGAUGACAGCUCUGAUGCAUCUACAGAACCGAUGUUGGGUGGAACUUCGCCACCGGCGUGGGAGGGCGGUCCACCAGUGUUUAAUUUAAUGGACGCUAUUAGAGUAGUCAUUACUGCUGACAUGAUGUUUGAGUGCUCAGGAGUCCGCUUUGAAGAGGAUCUGUUGACUCAAAAUGACGAUGGCGACUACUGCAUACCGCUGCCCAUUGCGGCAAUGAUGCUCAUCCUACGUGAGAAGUUUGAGGAGGAGUUGAGUCAAAGUUACAUGUACAGCUUCUUUACUAGGCUUGAAUAUCCAGCUAUACCGAAACUUAAUCCACCGGAGGUUGUUGAGCAGAUGGUCGCAUUUUUAAUGCGAGCCACUUCACUUGAAACGUGUCGAGAAAGUUUCGCCUCUGUCUCCGCACGCAUGGUGUUUGAAGUGCUGGUGGAGUUGAUCCAAAGGACGGACUUCCUCAGGCUGCCCAUAUCCAUUGACACCGCUCGAGUCAUGCACAAUGUGGACCUCAUCAAGCAUAGGUACGGCGGACCAGAGCAGCCCUUUCCCCAAACCAACUCGGAGGCUGGGUACAUGGGUAAUGUGAUCGAAGACAUCAUUACGGACGAUGCUUUAAAACGCCGAACUCCAAACAUUCUCAACUACCUCUGGUUCAGAGACAUAAAUAAUAUGGAUAGGGAAGAUGUGAAAAAUCUUUAUCAGUUCAUUAUGAUCAAUUUUUUGGAAAUACUGCGAAUGUACUGCUGUGCUGCCAUCGCCACAACUGAGGGCAUCGAGGUUGACCAGUACAUGCUCAUCAAUUUUGCUCAAACACAUACCGCGGCCAUCGAGAUGGCGCUUCGAGUCCUGGGCAAUAAGGUGGGCAAGUACAUAAUUAGCACACCGCCUGAGUUCGCACAAGAGCUCCUUCAAGAAAUGGGAGCAAUCCAUUUGCCUGAAGCCGUCAUCAAGGGCAAAUUCUUCUUCAAUCUACUGUUACUGAACCAACCAAAGGUGUGGUCGCCAGUGGCCACUUUACGAGACAUCUUCAAUCACGAUCAACCCAAUUGCAACUUCCAAGUGGAGCAAUGCAUUUGCCAAACCUUUAAAACAAUCUUUCCGCAUGUGGUUGAACAACUGACAACUAUCAUGGAGAAAGUGGUAUGCCCAGGCGGGGAGAAUGAGGGCGACACAGGCUGCCCACCGCCGUCAAGGGGCCCGUCACUCAUGCCCUGUCUGAUGAGCCUCAUCCAAACACCCAUUCCCGAGUAUGCAUUUUUUGAAGGCGCAAAAAUGCGUUUUAUGUGCGAUCUAAUAACGCCAUGCGAUGAUGGUCCGUACUGCAUACCAUUGUCCAUUGCAGCAUCGAUGCAAAUACUCCAUGAGAAGCAUGAAAAAGAACUGGCUUGUGGACGGGGGAAGAGCUUUUUGCGGAAGUUAGAUUAUCCAGGAAUGUCGCAAAGCACUCCACCCGAAAAUCUGGAUAAGCUAACUCAGAUUUUGUUGGAGGCUGGUUGCUACGAUCAGUGCAAGUGUGUUCUACAGAAUUUUUCCGCAUACAUGGUUUUUAAAAUUGUUGUCGAUUUAAUUCAACGAGUUCAAAACUUGCGGCUACCAAUUUCCCUUGACACUGCUCUUGCUAUGCGCGAUGUGGAUUUCACUCAGUACGGAUUUGGGUCAGCACCACUGUGUGUGGCUGAAAAAGACACAGAAAGUGAGCAUCUGAGCCGGAUGGCACAAGAGAUGGCCACAGAUGACUCCUAUAAACAAAGGCUUCCAAACAUCAUCCAUUACCUAUGGUUCAAGGACUUGAAUGCGGCUGACAACCAGCAGACAGCACUUCUAUUUCGAUACAUUGUGCUCAACCUAAUCCAUCUACUGCGUCAAUACAUUAAGACUGCUGCUCGUACCAGUGAGGUGGAGGACAGUCGAUACCUCUUCAUUGAUUAUAGUCAAAUGAAUGCAAAGUCCGUGUUACCCAUACUAAGAGUGUUGGGUAAUAAUUUUGGCGAAUUUCUGAUUCGAGAACCACCCAACUUUUACUCACAAUGCUAUCGGCCCGAGAUGGUUUGCAAUCUAUCGCAUACGGAUAUCAUGGGAACUUUUUUCUUGGACCUACUACUGAUGAACACCCCGGAAGCGUGGUAUCCCAAUGCCAGCGUGGAGUGUUUCAUCAUUCACGACUGUCCCGACUGCAACUUCCAAAACGAGCAUAACCUUGAGCUAGUCGUGAGAAUAGCCAAGGACGUGAUUUCAUCGCAGCUGUGGUCGGUACGUCUCGUGAUUGAGAAGGUGAUGAGUUCUGCUGGGUAUCCUGGCGCGAAACCCUGCGGGCAUCACAUAUUCAAGGACUUUUGUGACACUUCCGAACACAGCCAAGCUUUUGUUGCCUCUCAAUUAAGUAAUCCAGUGAAAGGUCCUGAACUUUAUAAAGAAUCAUAUUCUAAAGAUAAGGUAGCCUGA